AUGUCUAUGGCAUUGUUCACAGAUGAAAUGCUCUUCGCCUUCAUGGUCCCUCUGCUCCCUUACAUCUUCGAAAACCGCCUAGAGCUAGACAACUCCCUUACCCAGCGAUUGACUUCCAUAUUUCUAGUUGAAGGGGCAUUGAUAUCUAUCAUCUCGAGCCCGUUUAUCGGCGACAUAGCCGACCGAGCCAGCUCCAAGAAGAUUCUACUACUAGUGUUGCUAGUACUAACCCUGAUCAGCGUAUUAUGUCUAUCAAUCACUACAUCCCUAACCUGGCUCUUCAUCGGUCGCUUCUUCCAAUGCAUCGUCAGCAACGCAUUAUACAUCGUCAGCAUGGCCACAAUGGCCGAGAACAUCGGCUCAGAACACAUGGGCAAGAUAGCAGGAUUAAGCUCGACUCUCACAUCAGCUGGAACAUGCUCCGGUCCUGUCAUUGCUGGAUUUCUCUUUGGAAUUGGAGGUUAUUGGACAGCAUGGGCUGGCGCGGCUCUAUUUCUCAUAGUGGAUAUCAUCAUGCGUCUACUCAUGAUCGAAAAACCGCAGAAACGUCGCGAUACCGCUUGUCGCACUCGCACUCGCAAUGAAUCUCUAUCUCUAUCCGCCGAGGAACAUCAACAUCAACAUGAACAUAUAAUCCCGUAUGAAACAGAACCGCUUCUCAAUGAAGAUCCCUCGUCGUCGACCGAGGAAAUCGCCGGUUGGCGCUUCUACAUCUGUCUCUUCCGCCAACCUUGCUUUGCCGCGGGGAUUGUGUGCUAUUUUGUCUUUGCGCUGUUUAUUGCUAGUUUCGAGUCUACGAUUGCAAUGCAUGUCAGGUCCGCUUUUGGCUGGGGCGUUUUCCCCGUCGGGCUUUUGUUCGCGUCUAUACAGGGUCCCGGGAUGAUCUUGGCUCCUCUUGUUGGGCUGUUGAAAGAUCGGGUGGGUUCGAGGCUUCCCACUACCAUUGGGUUUAUCUCUGUUGCGCCUUUUCUUUGGGUUCUUGGUGUCGCUGGCGAUGAGCGCUUUCCGUGGGCUACUUUGGGAACUAGAGGGAAGAUCAUCUAUGCGGUCUCUACGACUAUGAUUGGGUGUUGUACGUGCUUGCUUAUGGGGGUUGGGACAAUGGAAGCAACUGCAACCGUUGAUGAAUUGGAGGUCUUGCAUCCUGGUAUAUUCGGUCCCUAUGGAGGGUAUUCUCGUGCCGUUGCCAUUACAAAUAUGAGCUGGAUGUCUGGUCUACUAGUUGGACCCAUCUUGGCUGGGUUUAUGGUUGAACGAUUUGGGUAUUUUGAGCUGCAGUGUGUACUUGUGGUCAUUUCUUUGCUGGCUAGCGUCAACGCGGCCUUUAACCUCAGCUCAGCCACUCCUCAAAAGAAAGAGUGUGAUAGGGACUAA